GCUGAUUUCGUUCCUUAUAUUUUGGGCACUUGGGCGAGUUUGCCGACUUUGCUCUAGAUCAAGCAGGAAUGGCGACGAGUGGGUGUAUGCAGUUCGGACUUCGCCGAUUCAUUCAACAAAAUUCACUAUGUUCACUCCGGAAACAAAUUCGGUGUGUAACUGGACAGGCCGCCAGGAAACAUUAUGGUGUGGAUGAGCCAGAAGGGCCUGUAAUGAAAACAGCCCUACCUGGACCAAAAUCAAAGGAACUAUUGAGAGAACUUGACAACAUACAGCAUUGCUCAAGUGUGCAGUUUUUUGUCGACUACUCAAAAUGUCUGGGCAACUAUAUCGUGGAUAUGGAUGGCAAUACUAUUCUUGAUCUGUUCACACAGAUAUCAUCUAUACCUCUUGGGUACAACCAUCCGAGCAUGAUAAAAGCUAUGCAAGAUCCUGCUAAUGUGUAUGACCUGGUUAACCGACCUGCACUUCAGGUGUUUCCCCCUGGUAACUGGCCAGCGCGAAUGGAGAACUCUCUUUUGGAGAUUGCCCCACCUGGCCUGAAUCAUGUACAUACUCUGAUGUGUGGUGCUUGCUCAAAUGAACAUGGAUUCAAGGCCGUCUUCAUGAGGCAUAUGCGGAAAUUACGAGGUGGUGCACCCCCAACGAAAGAAGAUUUAGAAACGUGCCUCCUCAACCUUCCUCCUGGAUGUCCUCCUCUCACCAUUAUGGGCUUCAAGAAUGCCUUCCAUGGGCGAACUAUGGGUGCUAUGAAUGCAAGCCACUUGCCCAACAAACCAGAAACCAAACUAUUUUUCCCUGCCACUGACUGGCCCAUGGGACCAUUUCCCCAAGUCAGAUACCCAUAUGAUAAGUAUGCUGCUGAAAAUGCAGAAGAGGAGAAACGGUGCUUGCAUGAGAUUCGUGCCCUAGUCGAGGAGUAUAAUGGCAGAGGUACCCCCUGUGUCGGCAUCAUCACUGAGCCAAUCCAAGCCGAGGGAGGUGACAACUAUGCUUCUCCCGACUUCUUCCAAAAACUUCAAAAGAUAUGUAAAGAGUUUGACAUUGCAUUCAUCGUUGACGAAGUCCAGACUGGCCUGGGUGCUACCGGUAAGAUGUGGGCUCAUGAACACUGGGACCUCCCUGAACCACCAGAUAUUGUGAGCUUCAGUAAGAAGGCCAUCACGGGAGGUUUCUUCUUUAAAGAGGAAUACAAGGCAACCGACGGUCACAGGAUCUUCAACACUUGGAUGGGCGACCCGCACAAGAUCAUUCUGCUUGAAGCUGUUGUAAAGGAAAUCAAGUCAGAAAACCUGCUUGCACAAGUCAAUGAAACUGGCAAUUUCCUUCUUGCUGGGCUCAAGAAACUUCAGGACACUUACCCUGACCGUCUUGCUAAUGCUCGUGGACUUGGAACCUUCUGUAGCAUUGAUACUCAUGAUGCACAGAUGAGGGACAAGAUGAUACAUUCGCUCAAACAGAGAGGUAUCAACAUUGGAGGUUGUGGAGUGAGCAGUCUACGUCUGCGGCCAAGUCUGACUGCCCAGCCUCACCACUGUGAAAUCUUCUUAGAUGCUCUCAAUGAAAUCAUGAAAGAAUUAUAAGUGCUUGCCUUAUAAUAACCAUUUGAUUCAAAGUGAAGGUGGUCGCACUACUCUUUUAGUUCUAAUCAAGGAUUGUUAGCUUGAUGCAGAGUUUGUUGAGUCCUCAUAAUCAAGAAAUCUUUUGUUGUAAUGAGAAGUGAUCAAUAGGGAUCGGAUUUUCCCUCAAAAUCUUCUUUUGAAAGUCAUUCCCUCAGAUGCAUUGAAUACCAACAUUGCGUUUAAGUCCAUAAGCUUUAAUGAAAAACUACUUCUUAGCAAUCAGUUUUAAGAUACCAGUAGUUUCAUAGCCAAGCCUGGAAGUGGAAUGCUUGACAAGUGACUUUAUUUUGAGACAACCUAUAUAUUCAGUGAAUGUGUCAGAAAAUAGUAUGCUCGUCUUAAACAUACCAUUGCCAUGAUGGAGAACUAUGUGAAUUUAAGGGAGAUAUACCUUAUCAGGGGGAGUGGGACUGGUUGUCUUAGAAGUUAAGAUUAAGCUACAGUCAGCUGCAACAAGCCAAAAAGGGCAAAUCAGGUAUCUGUGUGCUGUUCAGUUCUUUUAUAUGCUUUCAAUAUACAUAUAUAUAUAUAUUUGGUUGAUGUUUGCAUCGUCAGUCUCAAAAUAUGUGACAAUUGUUGGCCCAUUGUACGUAAUUAUAUUGGUUUGUGAUUAGUGUUUCAAAUAUUAAUAUAUUACCGGUAUAAUCGGUAGAUUUUAAUGCUAAAAAAUGUUUGACCACACUUGACCGUUUGUUAGUGAAUUUAGUAAUUUUUCAGACACAAUGAUGUCUCAAUAAAAUGGUAAUCAUACGUAUAGACUUCUAUAAUAUACUCCUUCCUUCUGUGUAUCCAGAAUAAAAAAAAGAUAAAUUUA